AGGAAGGAGGAAGCAUUCACCGCAAGUGUGUGUGUUUUUUAAAAAAUAUUUAACUCGACUCUCUGCUUCAUUCGCUGAAGUGCUGUCAGACAACUCACUGACGAAAGCCGCCGCCACUCUCGAAACAAACAUCUAUUUUACAUGUGUUUAUGAGGAGGACAGUGCGGGAAUGAAAGCAUGAAACAAUCACGAUUUCCCAAGUUCUUCCAGAAACUUUCCCUCGCCUUCUCCAGAAGAAAAUACCAACUACUCCAGGACAGUGAUUUGCACGGCAAGGAGAAUGGGGAGCUCCAGGAACUAAAAGUUAAUGGCAAAAGUCAGCCGAUUGUGCCUGUAUCUUCCAAAGAAGCUAGCACACGGUACCUGGAUGAGCUAGUAAGCGAUCUUCAGGCUGACUUACAGAAUGGUCUCACGAAGGUCCAUGUGCAGGAACGUCGGCAUCUAUAUGGAUGGAAUGAUUUUGAAGUGGCUAAACCCGAACCAAUUUGGAAAAAGUACCUUGGUCAGUUCAAGAACCCCCUUAUUCUGUUACUUUUGGCCUCAGCUGUUAUUAGUCUCAUCACUAAAGAAAUUGAAGAUGCAGUGAGCAUAACAUUGGCUAUAAUAAUCGUUGUCACAGUUGCCUUUGUGCAGGAGUAUCGAUCUGAGAAGUCUCUGCAAGAACUAGGCAAACUGAUUCCUCCAGAAUGUAACUGCAUUCGUGAAGGUAAACUGGAGCAUCUGCUAGCAAAGGAGCUUGUACUGGGUGACAUCGUGUGCAUUUCAGUUGGUGACCGAGUCCCUGCAGAUGUCCGACUCUUUGAGGUUUGUCCUUUUGCAUGUUUUUACCAUUCUAAGUAA